AUCUACAGACUAAAGUAUUCUCGUUUCUUAUCUUCACAAUAUCACGGUUACGACUCUCAGUUGCCGCAUAAACAAAAAAAAAAAAAAAGAAAAAAAAAGUGGAAAAGACAUGGGCGUGGUAAUCAUUGACGGAUCGACGGUGAGAGCAUUCGUGGCAGACGAGGAAGAGUUCAAGAAGAGCGUGGAUGAGAGUUUCGCAGCUCUGGAUCUCAACAACGACGGCGUCCUCUCCAGAUCGGAGCUCCGCAAGGCCUUCGAGUCCCUCCGCCUCCUCGAGUCCCACUUCGGUGUCGACGUGGUCACUCCUCCUGAGCAGCUCACUCAGCUUUACAAUUCCAUCUUCGAGGGGUUCGAUUGUGACGGCAGCGGCACCGUUGACCCCCAGGAGUUCAGAUCUGAGAUGAAGAAGAUUUUGCUUGCUAUUGCUGAUGGGUUGGGGUCUUGCCCUAUCCAGAUGGUUCUUGAAGAUGAUGACCAAAGUUUUCUGAAGAAAGCUGCUGAUCUUGAAGCUGCUAAGCUCGACUCCUCGCUCCACCUCCUGAUACAGCUCUCUACCUAA